AUGUUGCUAUCCCUUCCAAGGAUCAUCUCCUUGGUCUUAUCGUCCGCCGUUCUAGUUUGUUUCGCCGUGAUCUUUUCGGCGUGUACAUCGCCGACUUCUGUGAAUGUGAUUGGAAUCCGGAACCCAGAACACCUAAAUGAGCUUCGAUCGCUCGCUAUUCAUAGUGGACAGAAUUCUUCGUCAUCUCUAGAAAUAGUGUAUCUUUCAGACAGACUAUCGGAAGCUGUUAGCGAUGCGGUAGACCACAUAACCGGGCAUGUUGAGGACCAGCCCAGUCAUAUGCAAUAUCUCCUCCCAAUAUACUAUGUAAUUGGCCUCCAGAGCUACUGCGAGGGAAAGCCAACCGAUAAAGCCCUCUCAAAUUGCUCAAAGCCCAGUGCUCACUUCUCGUUCGACCCGAUAGAUGUUUUAGGCACUUGGCUGGGCCCUGCAGAUGGAGGUACGACCACAUUUGCACAAUGGAUCAUAGGUGCCUAUAUAACUGGUUUCGUCCAAUUUCCAAUGACAGAAGUGGCCGUUCUGAUAUCCUCAUCGGUGCCAUCUCUCUUGAUUAUAGGAGCAUCAGUAUCCGUGACCAUCUUAUACCAGCUAUUGGCUAAGGGAAUCGAUAGACUUCUUCAACAUGAAAUCACGGCUAAUCUCGGUCCACAUGCCAUGGCAGCGACGUGGCUGGCAGUGGCAUUCUCCGCUGGCUCCAGUUUGGUCUUGGCUAUUGCGAUAUGUUCCUGCUGUCUGUAG